AUGGCCUUCAGCGGGCCCGAGCCCUGGGCCCCUGCAUCCCUGACGAGCCAGAGGCUGAAGGUGGAGGAGAAGACACUGGAGCUGCAGUUCGAGGUCUUGCGUGUGGGGUUUAACGACGGGGGCAGAUACGCCCUGAAGCUGUCAGCUGAGAACCUUCUGCAGGCAGGCUCUGGGUCUGGGGUGCAGCUGCGGGUGAAUGAUGGGGACCCCCUCCCUGCCUGCUCUGCUGUCACUGGUGUCAUCCAGCAGCAGGAUCCUGGCCAGAGCCUCGCCCUCACCAGGAACAAGUUUAUCUUUACUUUGCCCAAAGGGUUCUGCAAGAACGACGGGCGGCACGACACUCAGCUGCGGGUGGAGGCGCUGAGGCUGGACGGAGCCUCGGCAUGGACGGCCCGGCGGGUGGGCGAGGCCAUCUUCCCCAUCCUUCCACGGCCAGACCAAUCCCGCACGAAGCUCGAGGCUCGAGAGCACGAGGACCUGUACCGCUACUGUGGCAACGCGGCUCUGCUCCAGGCCAGCGCGGAUGCCGCUGCCUGUCACUGCGGGCGCCUGGCCUAUAGCGUGGCUUUCCACGUGCACCGGGCCCCUCGGCCUCCUGCCUCUGACUGCCCUCCCGGGGCUGGCCAGCCAGAACUGAUGUCCCCGGAGGAGCCCCUGGACACCUCCCAGAGUGCAGAGCCCGAGAUCAGCCACCUGCCUCCCCCUAAUAAGGAGAGCAUCACGCUCACUCUCCACGGGGCCACCAACCUACCCCCCUGCAAGGAUGGCUCUGAACCGUGGCCCUAUGUGGUGGUGAAAAGCACAUCGGAGGAAGCAAACAACCAGACCUCCAAGGCAGUCACAUCUGUGACCUCGAAGCCCACCAGAGACCCCAUCUGGGGGGACACCGUGAAAGUGGAGAUCCAAGCGGAGGACGCGGGGCGGGAAGAUGUGGUCAUCAAGGUGGUAGACAGCAGAAAGAAAGAGGAGUUGCUGUCCUACAAAAUCCCCAUCAAAUACCUGCGUGUUUUCCACCCCUACCACUUCGAGCUGGUGACGCCCGCCCAGUCUGGGAAAGUCGACGAAGACACUGACAAGACCCACCUGUACGCCACGGUCGUUCGGAAGUGUAGCUUCAUCCCCCGCUACAUCGGCUGCAACCACACAGCUCUGGAGGUCUUUCUCUGGGGAGUCAACGAGCCCCUCGUCAACAACCCCAGCCCCAUGGUGGUGAUUGCCCGGGUGGUUCCCAACUACAAGGAGUUUAAGGCCAGCCAGGUAAACAGGGACCUGGCCUCCGUGGGGCUGCCCAUCACCCCCGUCUCCUUCCCCAUCCCGUCCGUGAUGAACUUUGACGUGCCUCGGGUCAGCCAGAACGGGUGCCCUCAGCUGUCCAAGCCUGGGGGACCCCCAGAGCAGCCCCUGUGGAAUCAGUCCUUCCUCUUCCAAGGCCGAGAUGGAGCCACCAACUUCUCGGAAGACACAGCCCUGGUGCUGGAGUACUACCCCUCCACUUCAAUGAAAGGCAGCCAGCCGUGGACCCUCACCCAUCCCCUGGGCAUCUCUGUGUUGCCACUGAAGAGUCGUUUGUACCGGAAGAUGCUGACAGGGAAAGGCUUGGACGGGCUACGCGUGGCACGGCUCCCCGUCACGGACACUAACCUGAAAACCGUAAGCGGUGAGGCCCCCACAGUGGAUCUCUCCUUCCACCUGAUCUCCUCCGAGAGGCCAGAAAACUUCUUGACAUCAAACAACAGCAAGGCUUUGCCCACCCUGGACCCAAAGGUCCUGGACGAGAAGCUGGGAACCAUCCGAGAGUCCUGGUCCGAGGCCACGGUCAGCCCCAUAACGGGCUCCAGCACGCCCAGCUCUCAGGGGGCAGAGGAGGAGCCCCCCAUGCCAGAGACGUACCGCGAUGUGGAAAUGAACAACUACCGGCGGGCCAUGCAGAAGAUGGCGGAGGACAUCCUGUCCCUGCGGAAACAGGCCAGCAUGCUGGAGGGGGAGAACCGCAUGCUGAGGAGCCAGCUGGCCCAGCAGGAGCUGGAAGACGGGCAGGGCAAAGCCCACGAGGCCCACAGCCUGGUGUCCCUGAAGCAGAAGCUGCUGCUGAGCGAGGUGAACGUGAAGAACCUGAGGGACAAGGUGCAGCACCUGCAGAACGAGCUGAUUCGGAAGAAUGACCGAGAAAAGGAGCUGCUCCUUCUGCACCAGGCCCAGCAGCCGAAGGCGGCGCUGCUGAAACGGUACCAGGACAAGCUGCUGAAGAUGAGGGCGCUGGAGGAGACCGUGCGGCACCAGGAGAAGGUGAUCGAGAAGAUGGAGCAGGUGCUGCAGGACCGGCUGCGGGAGAGGACCGAGCCGCUGCCUCCCAGCAGGCAACAAGGACAGCCUGAGGAGUCCUUACCCAUGCUCUCAGCCUCUGGCCUUCCCCUGGGUUCUACCAGAGAGAACCUGCCGGGUGACCUUUACUCGGUGCUGCUGGCAGAAAACUCAAGGCUGCGGGCAGAGCUGGACAAGAACCGCCACCAGUCAGCCCCCAUCAUCCUGCAGCAGCAGGCCCUGCCGGAUCUCCUCGGCAAUUCUUCAGACAAGUUUAACCUCCUGGCCAAGCUGGAACUAGCUCAGAGCCGCAUCCUGUCCCUGGAGAACCAGCUAGAGGAGUCAGCUCGACGCUGGGGACGAGAGAAGCAGGACUUGGCCACACGGCUGCAGGAGCAAGAAAAUGGUUUCAGGCACCCCUCAAACUCCAUCACCCUAGCACAGCCAAUUGCCUCCGCCCAAUCCAAGGACCUGAAGCGGCCCCCAAAACUGGAGCCCGUGAUGCCCAGCUUGGACACUAAGCUCAACAAGCCCUCGAGCUCCCAGGAGAUUCCUGACUCUCAGCAGGUCUGA